GUUCUGUCUGCACUCGGUAGAGCAGAGGAGUGUGUGUUGUUUGUUACCAAGCAACUUAUUCACUCCACACUGUUGGCUGCGUCAUUUCCUCCUGACAAGAGACUGGAGAGAGGGAGCGACACACUCUAGCAGCGUCUAUAUGCUCGGGAAGCUCGCGGAGACGCAUCUGCAGUCUAGGUCAACGCAAGGCAGGAUACAAUAUAAAGGGAUAUAAACAAAAAACGACCAGGAUUUUUUAAACUCUGGAUUACUUGAAAAUGGCUGAAUUGUCUAUGCGUUAUUUGUAACACUUUUAAAGCUCAGGCUGGAUUGGAUAUAUUUGGAUAGACAACUCCACAAUAUGAACUUCGGUCGCCGAUAAAGGAACCAAGCAAAAUAACUACUUCUAUCAAGAACAUCGCGCGCAUUAUUUCCGAAUCUUCCGCAUACAUAAUGGUAGGCUUAAGUUUACCACUUGAUAUUCAUAAGUAGUAGACAUUUUUUAUUUUGUUGCGCUCAAGCUUUUCUCCGGUGCCUGUUGACGAGGUCAUAUCUGUGGAUACUGGAGAAGCAGCUGGCGGGCUACCUGAUCUCUUCACGCACAAAAGCAAGACACGAGCUAAUGACACAGAAGCUUUGUCGUGCUCACCAUUACGCUUUCUGACAGAGUUGUGAGUUUUCUGACCACGGUUCCCGAAAUGUUUCUUCUAUGUGCGGUAGUCUAUUUCAGGUGCCUUUUUGACGCAUGAUUAGCCUAACUUAUUACGCAUUAGGCCUACUGAAGUUCUGAUGUUAGGCUGUUAUUAAACUGCAAAUCUGUUGAAUAUGUCCUAUAGUUUGUGUUUGAAAUUAUAACAUUGAACUUAAGUUGUUUAUUUCAUUGCUCGAGGCUGCGUUCUUAAAACUGUUGGAAUUCAGCCGGUUGGCUAAGCCAGACCCAGGCUCAGACCUAGCCAAUAUGACUAUUAGUGGAGUGGACGUCCUGCAGGAAUCGCUAUGCCACGCUCCGUUUUAAAGGAGCAUAACCCAGCAUUGUCAGCCCCUAAUGCCCAAAUGUCUCCCCGCUCCAGUGUUGCUGCGUGACCCAGUCACAUGUCUAGAAUGAGCACGGAUCUAGAGCGUAUGUCGCUCAACUCCUCCUCCGCUACCUCGGUGGCCUCGAGUGCCCGCACGCUGUCAGCCAAUGUCAAGAAGCUGCACAACGCGCUCAACCUGCUGCUCAACGAAUUGGAGCGGGAGCAGUUCAUCCACUGCCUCAACGUGUACCACUCCAAGCGUAAUGUCUACGACCUGGUUCAAACACUUAAAGUCAUCCUCAAUGCGCCCAGCAAACGCCAACUUCUGCCCAUGCUACGACAGGUCAUUCCCCGCUCAGACCAGCUUUUGUUUGACCAGCACACCUCGGAGGGCCUUUACUUGAAAUCGGAUUUGCUUGCCAGAAAUGGGAGCGCCGAAGCGUUGGGCGAAGUUCCCAGUGGGAGUCCAACUCCUCCUGGGCAUUUCUUGCCAACCCCUCCCGGAUCUCAAGUUGCGAUGCGCGGCUCUCCGGAUAGUUUCAGCACUAGCAGUGAUGGGACAGCUCCCCUCGUCCCGCUGCUCGGGAGAGGCUUUCUGCACGAGCCUCCAGGAGAGGUUCGACAAGUGACCCUGAAACGGCACAAGAGCAACGAGGGCUUGGGUUUCAGUAUCCGCGGAGGAUCGGAGCACGGGGUCGGGAUCUAUGUGUCUCUGGUGGAGCCGGGAUCCCUUGCCGAAAAGGAGGGACUAAGGAUUGGGGAUCAGAUUAUGAAAGUCAACAGCACAGUGUUUGAUAAAGUCACUCAUGCUGAAGCAGUGAAGGUGUUGAAGGGCAGUAAGAAGCUGUCCCUGUGGGUGCGGUCGGUGGGGCGUAUCCCGGGGGGUUAUGUCACUAAUCAUGUGUACACCUGGGUGGACCCUCAGGGUCGUAGUGUGACCCCUCCCCCUGACCUCCCAGAGCACCGCAGUGCCACCCUGAGACGCAACGACAGCCAGCGACGCAGCAACAUGCAGCUACUGCAGGAGGGAGACGAGAAGAAGGUGAACUUGGUAUUGGACGAUGGCCGUUCGCUGGGUCUGAUGAUCCGGGGUGGGGCAGAGUAUGCCUUGGGGAUCUACAUCACAGGAGUGGACCGGGGCUCUGCUGCAGAGUGUGGAGGACUCAAGGUGGGUGACCAGAUCCUGGAGGUGAACGGGCGCAGCUUCCUGGGCAUCCCACACGACGAGGCGGUGCGCAUGCUCAAGUCGUCGCGCCACCUGAUGAUGACGGUGAAGGAUGUGGGGCGCCUGCCGCACGCCAGGACGGUGGUGGGGGAGACCAAGUGGAUCACUAGCUCCCAGAUAGCAGAGAGCUCCGCCAGUGGCAGCGUGGCUAGCUUGUCUAUGGACCAAGGAGCCUCAUCAGGAAAGCCGGUGUUCUAUAAGGGCGUGGCGGGCUCCCAGGUGACCCUGUCCAGCCUGGUGAACCAGAGCAGAGCCAUGCUGGAGGAGCAGGCCCGCCACCUGCUGACGGAGACAGAGAGGCAGACCAUGGGCUACUACGUGGAGGAGUAUCGGGACGGACACAUAGGGGCGGAGCAGCUGGUCAUGGCCCUGUUUGAACUGCUCAACACACACGCCAAGUUCUCCCUACUAUCAGAGGUGCGUGGCCUGGUGACACCCCAGGAUCUGGAGCGUUUCGAUGGGAUGGUGCUGCGCCGCGAGAUCCAGGCUUUGAAGGCCCGGCAGGGGGGUGCCAGUGCGGCCGCCCUCCACCCUGACUCCCUCUCCAUGGUUUCCUACCCAGAUACCCUGGCCUCCUCGUCAGCCAGCUACAUGACUUCCACCACCCUCAGCUCAGCACGGAAUGACAGUACGGUGGAGAGUAAUGGGGGGGAUACUCAGGAGAGUCUGGAUGCGCUGCCUGACAUAUCUCUGGAUGAGGUGCACUCCACGUCCGAAUCUCCCCCCACCUUCAAACCCCCACCCCCAGGGGUGCAGAGACGCCCCAGCAGACGGGACCAGGUCAAAAAGCUUCCCUCCUCCGAAUCCUCCCAUUCCGGGCUCUACUUCACCGCCCCCUCCCGUAACCCCCCCAUUGACCAGAGGGGGGAGCAAGGACACCCCUCCUCACCCAAGGUCCCCUCCAAAAAGGAUCCCUCAGUCCCCCCUAAGAGGGACCCCUCUGCCCCCACUAAGAAGGAGAUGGCAACUGCCCAGCUCUCCAUGGUCAACAAGCACCCUAUCGGCCCCUUCCCCCGAGUCCAGUCCCCUACUAGGACCACCAAGCCUGCCGCCCCCUCUCCAUCUCCACCCCCUCCGCCGCCGCUCACUGCCCCAUCCGCACCCCCUCCGCUUCCCCACAGCCAGGACAAGUCCUCCCCUGGCUCCAACAAACAGCACUUUGUCAUGGUGGAGGUCCAUAGGCCCAAUGCAGAGUCUGAUGUCAACGAGGUGCGGUCACUCCCCCAGGCACGAGGUGCCAACCUGUCCCAGCUGUCAGACAGUGGACAGACGCUGAGCGAAGACAGCGGGGUGGACAUUGGCGAGUCAGGGCGUUUCAGCAAGGAAAGCAGUCCCCGUCCCGCCCGCAUACGCCCCCCACGACAUCCCCAGGGGGCAGGAGGGGACACCCCCUCCAAACCGCCGGGUCUCUUGGAGCCCACCUCCACACUUGUGAGGGUAGCAAAGAGUGCCAGCACCCUCGGCAUCGCCAUCGAAGGGGGUGCCAACACACGCCAGCCCCUGCCACGCAUCGUCACCAUACAGAGGGGCGGUUCGGCACAUAACUGCGGGCAGCUGCGGGUGGGUCAAGUGAUCCUGGAGGUGAACGGGGUUUCCCUGAGGGGCCGGGAGCACAGGGACGCCGCACGCCUCAUCGCAGAGGCCUUCAAGACCAACGAGAGGGACCACGUGGACUUCCUGGUCACUGAGUUCAACGUGGCGCUAUAGGAGGAAGUAGAGGCGGUAGAGAGAGAGACUUGUCAUGGAGAAAGAAGGGACGAGGUAUAGGCACAGCAGAGGUAGAGAGGAGAGGGGGGGCUGUUGGGGCAAAGUGGCAUAGGCCCACAUACUGUAUUUUACCAACUACCCUUGGUCCCUCCACCUUAGUAUCCUUCAGUUUAAUUCAAGCUUAAGCCCCACAACUAGACGCGGAUACAGUUGCACUCUAAGUUGAGUUGCACCCAUGAGAUUUCGGUAACACUUUACUUGACAGCCAGUUCAUAACCAUGUCAUAAUGUGUCAUAACAGCUGACAUGACUUGUCAUAACACUGUCAUGACCCAUAGGGUUACACAUGUUGUGAUAUAUAUUGUGUUGUUUUAGGGCUGGUUAUAAGAGUGCCAAAACACACAUUUAUUCAAAUCAGUUUUUUUUCCAAGAGGUUUCCUUUCGUUUGAAAGUUUGUUUCUGAAAUCCUUUGUUUUAAAAUACACUUUAUGUCACUGUCAAGAAGCAUUAUGACCGUCCUGUGUCACUUUACUUGGAACUGAGAAAAUACACAUUAUGUCACUGUCAAGAAGCAUUACGAUCUUCCUGUGUCACUUUACUUGGAACUGAGACAAUACACUUUAUGACACUGUCAAGAAGCAUUACGACCGUCCUGUGUCACUUUACUUGGAACAGAGAAAAUACACAUUAUGACACUGUAAGAAGCAUUAGGACCAUCCUGUGUCACUUUACUUGGAACUGAGAAAAUACACAUUAUGUCACUGUCAAGAAGCAUUAUGACCAUCCUGUGUCACUUUACUUGGACUAAGAAAAUACACAUUAUGUCACUGUCAAGAAGCAUUACGACCAUCAUAAUCAUAUGAGCCAGAUAGGCCUAUCACGUACAUGCCCUUAUGUCAGUCAUCAGUCACAAAGAGGGUGUCUUGUCCUGCUGCUGAAAUCUGCUCCUUCAUUCAUCCCAGUCAUCAGCAACAGAGCAUUGGGGUAGGUGAAUGUCUGACAUCAACAUGUUUGCAAUAACAAUGGUAAUUUAAAAGCAAAAUAUAUAAACUCAGCAUAAAAAUAAACGUUCUCUCACUGUCAACUGCGUUUAUUUUCAGCAAAAUUAACAUGUGUAAAUAUUUGUAUGAACAUAAGAUUCAACUACUGAGACAUAAACUGAACAAGUUCCACAGACAUGUGACUAACAGAAAUGGAAUAAUGUGUCCCUGAACAAAGGGGGGGUUCAAAAUCAAAAGUAACAGUCAGUAUCUGGUGUGGCCACCAGCUGCAUUAAGUACUGCAGUGCAUCUCCUCUUCAUGGACUGCAUCAGAUUAGCCAGUUCUUGCUGUGAGAUGUUACCCCACUCUUCCACCCAGGCACCUGCAAGUUCCCAGACAUUUCUGGGGGGAAUGGUCCUAGCCCUCACCCUCCGAUUCAACAGGUCCCAGACGUGCUCAAUGGGAUUGAGAUCCGGGCUCUUCGCUGGCCAUGCUGGAGGCCAUGCUGGAGGCCAUGCUGGAGGGUCAUGUCAGGAUGAGCCUACAGGAAGGGUACCACAUGAGGGAGGAGGAUGUCUUCCCUGUAACACACAGCGUUGAGAUUGCCUGCAAUGACAACAAGCUCAGUCCGAUGAUGCUUUCCUUCGAUGAUGAACGCAAAUCCGACCCUCACCCCUGGUGAGACAAAACCGCGACUCGUCAGUGAAGAGCACUUUUUGCCAGUCCUGUCUGGUCCAGCAACGGUGAGUUUGUGCCCAUAGGCUACGUUGUUGGCGGUGAUGUCUGGUGAGGACCCGCCUUACAACAGGCCUACAAGCCCUCAGUCCAGCCUCUCUCAGCCUAUUGCGGACAGUCUGAGCACUGAUGUAGGGAUUGUGCGUUCCUGGUGUAACUCAGCAGUUGUUGUUGCCAUCCUGUACCUGUCCCACUGGUGUGAUGUUCGGAUGUACCGAUCCUGUGCAGGUGUUGUUACAAGUGAUCUGCCACUGCGAGGACGAUCAGUUGUCCGUCCUGUCUCCCUGUAGCGCUGUCUUAGGCGUCUCGGACAUUGAAAUGUAUUGCCCUGGCGACAUCUGCAGUCCUCGUGCCUCCUUGCAGCAUGCCGAAGGCACGUUAACACAGAUGAGCAGGGACCCUGGGCAUCUUUCUUUUGGUGUUUUUCAGAGUCAGUAGAAAGGCCUCUUUAGUGUCCUAGGUUUUCAUAACUGUUAGCUGUUAGCUGUGUUUUAACAACCGUUCCACAGGUGCAUGUUCAUUCAUUGUUUAUGGUUCAUUGAAACAGUGUUUAAAACCUUUACAAUGAAGAUAUGUGAAGUUAUUUUGGAUUUUUACGAAUCAGUUUUCAACGACACUGUUCUGAAAAAGGGAUGUUUCUUUUUUUGCUGAGUUUACAAUAUAAACAUACUGUUGACAUGUGGUGUAAUGGAAUGUUUUACCUUGUGUGGUAGGUUAUGUGAGUUUUAACACUCUUAUGCAGGUGUCAUAACCAGCCAUAGAAUAACGCAAUAUAUGUCAACACAGGUCUAAAUAUUAUGUGUCAGGAUAGUGUUAUGACCAUAUUAUGACAUGGUAAUGACCGUGUGCUAUGACGCUGGGUGUCAAGUAAAGUGUUACCGAGAUUUCUCCCAUGGAUCAUGGACUUCCACCGUCCUUGUGACCUUGGUUUUGUGGGAUACUCCCUGUAACAAUCCCUUCUCUUCUUGCCUGUGUGUAUCUGUAUCUCAUGUGCUGUCACUCUUUCUGUGUUGGCUAGUGGCUACAUUCUGUGGAUCUCAAUUGGACACUUGGACAAUGAGGCACUAGAGCUCGAGCUGAAGAUGUGCUCCUACAGUGGUCCGUCUGCGGUCGGUGUCUCCUAAUCCAUGUCAGUCGGAGAGACAACCGCACACGUUAGAGGCACGAGCUGUGUCCCAAAUGGCACCCUAUUCCGAUAUAGUGCACUACCUUUGGGCAGAACCCUUUGGGCCCUGGUCAAAAGUAGUGCACUAAAUAGGGAACAGUGUGGGACGUAGGCUCGUCUUCUUUUCAGCAGAGAGGAAGAGGCGGGGGGAAACACCAUUUUCCAAUGCCAUUUUGUUUUUCUAUGUGUACAAAUGAACAAAUGUACAUACAACAAAAAUAUAUAUAUAAAGAUAAUCUAUGAAUUAUAAAAA